AUGUUUGUGCGAACGGUGAGCCCACAGACAUGCUCCACUCCCAGCUGGAACAUCGAGCCCAAGUAUUCCACCCGUGUGCUCACUGGGAACUGGGCAGAAGAGAGGAGCAAGUUUACCAGAACCACUGAGAAAACACCCCAGUGCAUUUACAGAAAGGAGUAUGUCCCCUUCCCUGACCACAGACCAGACCUGAUCUCCAGGUGGUACUCGAAGAGGAGAGUGGAGGGACUCCCGUAUGGACACCUGAUCACCCACCACCAGGAGGCGAUGCACCGCUAUCUUAUCAGCACCUAUGAUGACCAUUACAACCGGCACAACUACAACCCUGGUCUGCCCAACCAACGUGUCUGGAAUGGACAAAAGUUGCUGUGGCUACCAGAGAAGACAGACUUCCCACUUCUUGCUCCCCCUACGAAUUAUGGACUCUAUGAGCAGCUGAAGCUGAGGUGGCAUGAACCCAAGGCCAGCCCCAGGGAAAGCAUCUACACGUCAUCUUAUCCCAGACCACCGAUGUCCGCCUUGUCUUGGCGGGAACACGCGAUUCCAGUCCCUCCCACCCGCCUGCACCCUCUCCCAUACUGA